AUGAUGGCCGAGGAUGGGCGAAAUCUCUCCGGGGUCCCUGACGCCAGGGGCUCGGAGGGUCGCUCCUCUCUGCCGAGGACUUUCAUCCGACUCAACGACCUGUCCGGGGUCGGGACAGGAGGCGGGGAGCGCGGCGAGGUGGUGGUGGAACCCGCGUCCCCGGCGCCCGAUGGGAUCUCUACAGCCGGGGAGGAAGCAUCAGCGUCCGGUGAUGAGAACCUGCCCUACCCCACCCUGGCCCCCGUGGUCUUCUUCUACCUGAAACAAACCACCCGGCCUCGGAGCUGGUGUCUCAAGAUGGUCUGCAACCCAUGGUUCGAGCGAGCAUCCAUGUUGGUGAUCCUGCUGAACUGCGUGACCCUGGGCAUGUUUCAACCUUGUGAGGACAUUGACUGCAACUCUAAGAGGUGCAAAAUCCUGGAGGACUUUGAUGACUUUAUCUUUGCGUUCUUCGCCAUUGAGAUGGUGAUCAAGAUGGUGGCUCUGGGGAUUUUUGGGAAGAAAUGUUACCUCGGAGACACGUGGAACCGUUUGGACUUCUUCAUAGUAUUGGCUGGGAUGCUGGAGUACUCCAUCAACCUGCAGAGUGUCAGUUUUUCGGCGGUGAGGACGGUUCGCGUGCUGAGACCGCUGAGAGCCAUCAACAGAGUGCCAAGUAUGCGUAUUCUGGUGACCCUGCUGCUGGACACCCUGCCCAUGCUGGGUAACGUGCUGCUGCUCUGCUUCUUCGUCUUCUUCAUAUUUGGUAUCGUGGGCGUCCAGCUGUGGGCCGGCCUGCUCAGAAACCGCUGCUUUGUGGAAGACAACUUCUCUUUUCCUCUGUCCAUGGAGCUGGAUAAAUACUACCACACUGAAAAUGACGACGAGAAUCCCUUCAUCUGCUCGCAGCCCAGAGAGAAUGGCAGGAGGGACUGCCACUCGGUGCCCAAGCUGUACGAGGAGGGACUCAUCCAGUGCAACCUGGACAUGUACUCUUACAACAGCACUGACAACACCACCUGCGUCAACUGGAACCAGUACUACACCAACUGCUCCGCUGGUCCAGUCAACCCCUUCAAGGGCGCCAUCAACUUUGACAACAUCUGCUACGCCUGGAUCGCCAUCUUUCAGGUGAUCACUCUCGAGGGCUGGGUGGACAUCAUGUACUUUGUGAUGGAUGCUCACUCUUUCUACAACUUCAUCUACUUCAUCCUGCUCAUCAUUAUCGGCUCAUUCUUCAUGAUCAACCUGUGCCUGGUCGUCAUCGCCACACAGUUCUCGGAGACCAAGCAGAGGGAGAGCCAGCUGAUGAAGGAGCAGCGGGUGCGCUUCUUGUCCAACGCCAGCACUCUGGCCUCCCUCUCUGAGCCCGGCUCCUGCUACGACGAACUGCUCAAGUACCUGGUCCACAUCGUCCGCAAGGGGUUUAAACAGGUGGCCCACAUCUUCAGGUUCUUAGCUCGCCGUGCGGGGUUCAACAUCGCCGCCUCGCCCCCUGCCACGGAAGCCAAUCGCGGCCACAGCCAGAGAAGGAGGAGGAAGUCCUCUAGGCAGGGGUCGGUGUCAGUCCAUCACAUGGUGCACCAUCAUCACCACCACCACUACCACCACUACCACCUGGGGAAUGGCAGCAUAAGGGGAAGAGGGAGCAUCAGGUGUCCAGAGGGUAGGGAUGUGGAGGCUGGUUCUCAUAACAACAACGGAGGGGCUCUUGUGGGGACCACUUGCACCGGGCACCUCGCUUUGGCCCCGCCACUGCCUUCAGUGAUAGCAGCAACCUCCGACACAAACCUGGCCACCUUGUCCAAUCCUGCUGCGACAGCUGCUGAUUCAUCCUCAGCUCUCAGCGUAUUCCACUUAGACUCUCUCCGCUGUACCCCCUCGCCCACAAACCUGGGCCCAAUCUCAGGCCCGUUCUCCCUGACCCCAACUCCUGUGUCCAGAUCUAUGAAGAGGAACUCUGUGCCCUUUGCUGCUCCGGGUCCUAAGAACUACCCCACACUGCAGGCCAGAGCGCUAGCAGAGUCCAGACGAGGGAGUGUUGCAACUAGCACUCUGACAAAUAUCAGCUUCAACCUCAAUAUCCCACCCGUGCCCCUGGAGAGAGGGCCGCAGAGCCUGGUGGAAACACAAACUCCUACAGCCCAGAUCUCCUGCCAGCUGUCGGCUCGUGACCUGAGCACCACCAGCAGCGCCAUGGACACGGCCGCAUUGACAUUGGACCCCGAGAGUUGCCCUUACUGCGCUAAGGCCCUGGCCAAUGAGUCAGAGGGCGGCUUCGAGGGCAACGAGACCCCCGGAGACUCCGACAGCGAGGGCAUAUACGAGUUCACCCAGGACCUCCACCACAGGGACAGGCAAGACGGCCGGCAGCUCAAGAAGAAGCAGCGCAGGCUGGGCAAAACCGCUGCGAAGGUUGUUCACUUCUGGAGGCUGGUGUGCGACACGUUCAGGAAGAUCGUGGACAGCAAGUAUUUUGGACGAGGGAUUAUGAUCGCCAUCCUGAUCAACACUCUGAGCAUGGGGAUCGAGUACCAUGAGCAGCCUGAUGAGUUAACCAAUGCGUUGGAGAUCAGCAACAUUGUGUUCACCAGCCUGUUCGCCCUGGAGAUGCUUUUGAAGGUGUUGGUCUAUGGGCCUUUCGGUUACAUUAAGAACCCCUACAAUAUCUUCGAUGGCAUCAUUGUGGUCAUCAGCGUGUGGGAGAUUGUGGGUCAGCAGGGCGGGGGUCUGUCGGUGCUGAGGACCUUCCGUCUGAUGCGGGUGCUGAAGCUGGUCCGUUUCAUGCCUGCCCUGCAGAGGCAGCUGGUGGUGCUUAUGAAGACCAUGGACAACGUGGCCACUUUCUGCAUGCUGCUCAUGCUCUUUAUCUUCAUCUUCAGUAUCCUGGGGAUGCAUCUGUUUGGUUGUAAGUUUGGGUCAGAGAGGGAUGGAGACACUCUGCCAGACAGGAAGAAUUUUGACUCUCUUCUGUGGGCCAUCGUAACUGUCUUCCAGAUCCUAACCCAGGAGGACUGGAACAAGGUAUUAUAUAAUGGCAUGGCCUCCACGUCUCACGUAGCAGCCCUCUACUUCAUUGCGCUCAUGACCUUUGGCAACUACGUCCUCUUCAACCUGCUGGUGGCCAUCUUGGUCGAAGGCUUCCAGACUGAGGAAGUGACCAAGCGGGAGGACUUGCAUGCCGAUCUGAGCCUAAUUCAGCUGCCUGUAGACUCAGGGGGUGACGAGUCUAAAUCAGGUUCAGAGAUCGAUUCCUGUACGCGCAGUAUAGAGGAUGUUAACGGCAGCAAGAAGGAUUUGUCAGCCUCUGCAGUAGUACCAGUAAAUGGUCAUGUGGACCUGAAGACCAGCCUGACGCCUCCUCUAAUUACCCACACGGCUGCCACCCCCAUGCCCGUACCCAAGUUGCCUGUUGGUGGUGACCCCAUCCUGGGCUACGAGUCCCGUCGAGGCAGCAGUGUCUCCAUGGACCCAGCCUGCUAUGAAAAGUCACCGACCAGUGCCCGUAGCGCUUCCCCUUACGCCCCUUGGAGCUCCGGCAGUGGCAGAACCAGCCGCCGAUCCAGCUGGAACAGUGUGAGUCGUGCACCGUCACUCAAACGCCAAAAGCAACAGUCUGGGGAGCGACGCUCGCUCCUCUCAGGGGAAGGAGGCUCCAGCUCAGAAGACGGGGAGGGCGGAGGAGAGGAGUUAAUGGAGGAGGAUGAUGCCUCCUUGGCCAGGACGGACUCCAUGUCCCAGUCACAGAGAGGGCCCCGACACAGGAGGAUGGAGUCAGUGGAGACCCGGAGCUCUAUGGAUUUGCCCCCUGAUGCUCUCCUGCAGGUGCCGUACCUGUACCGCUCAGCCAGUAUGCACAGCUCCAGACCCCCCUCUCUGAGCCACUUACGGCCGCCAGAGCACAGCGACUGCAAUGGGAAGGGCUCUCCAUCAGUGGGCCCCACACAUGUUUCUCUGGAGGACAACACUGAAGAUGAAAAUGUAGAGGAGGAGGCCAAUUUGAGUCGUUUUGCCAGACUGUUCCGCUGGCUGGAGAAGAAACAGCCAGAGUGGUGUCGACAGAGAGACACCUGGUCACUCUACCUCUUCCCUCCGGAGUCGAGGUUGCGGAUCAUAUGCAAGAAGAUCAUCAAGCACAAGAUGUUCGACCAUGUGGUGCUGAUCAUCAUCUUCCUCAACUGCAUCACUAUCGCCAUGGAGAGGCCUCGCAUCGAUCCCGGCAGCGCAGAGCGGAUCUUCCUAACACUAUCCAACUACAUCUUCACAGCAAUCUUUGUGGCUGAGAUGGUUCUAAAGAUUGUAGCUUUGGGAUUUUGCUUCGGGGAGAAAGUGUACCUGAGGAGCAGUUGGAACAUUCUGGAUGGGAUGCUGGUGAUGAUUUCUGUGAUUGACAUCCUGGUGUCUCUCAUCUCCAACUCGGGUACCAAGAUUCUGGGCAUGCUCAGAGUGCUGCGGCUGCUAAGGACACUGAGGCCGCUACGUGUGAUCAGCAGAGCCCCAGGGCUGAAGCUGGUGGUGGAGACCCUGAUGUCCUCGUUGAAGCCCAUCGGCAACAUCGUGGUCAUCUGCUGCGCCUUCUUCAUCAUCUUCGGCAUCCUGGGAGUGCAGCUGUUUAAGGGGAAGUUCUUUGUUUGUCAAGGAGAAGAUGUAAGGAAUAUCACCAACAAGUCAGACUGUUUGCAGUUAAACUACAGAUGGGUCCGACACAAGUACAACUUUGACAACCUGGGACAGGCUUUGAUGUCUCUGUUUGUUCUGGCAUCAAAAGACGGCUGGGUGGAUAUUAUGUAUGAUGGACUAGAUGCUGUAGGAGUUGACCAACAGCCUGUAAUGAACUACAACCCGUGGAUGCUGCUCUACUUCAUCUCCUUCCUGCUGAUCGUGGCAUUCUUCGUGCUCAACAUGUUCGUGGGCGUGGUGGUCGAGAACUUCCACAAGUGCCGGCGCAGCCAGGAGGCCGAGGAAGCCAAACGCAGGGAGGAGAAGAGAUUGAAACGCAUGGAGAAAAAGAGACGGAAUUUAAUGGUUCCGGGGGUGAGUUGGGCCCUCUCUGAAGGCACAUUGAAAGAAGCUCAGAGUAAGCCCUACUACUCUGAUUACUCCCCCACGCGCCUGCUCAUCCAUAAGAUGUGCACCAGCCACUACCUGGACCUGUUCAUUACCAUCGUCAUAGGACUCAAUGUCAUCACCAUGUCCAUGGAGCACUACCAGCAGCCCAAGGAAUUGGAUGAAGCAUUAAAGAUCUGUAACUACAUCUUCACCCUCAUCUUUGUUCUGGAGUCCGUCUUCAAGCUGGUGGCCUUUGGCUUUAGACGCUUCUUCAAGGACAAGUGGAACCAGCUGGAUCUGGCCAUCGUGCUGCUGUCCAUCAUGGGCAUCACUCUGGAGGAGAUUGAGGUCAACGCUUCACUGCCCAUCAACCCCACCAUUAUCCGCAUCAUGAGAGUGCUGAGGAUUGCACGAGUAUUGAAGCUCUUGAAGAUGGCGGUUGGGAUGAGAGCGUUGUUGGACACCGUUAUGCAAGCCCUGCCUCAGGUGGGGAAUCUGGGUCUUCUCUUCAUGCUUCUCUUCUUUAUCUUUGCAGCGCUGGGUGUGGAGCUGUUUGGUGAUUUAAUUUGCGAUGAGCGCCACCCGUGUGAGGGUCUGGGUCGCUACGCCACGUUCAGAAACUUCGGGAUGGCAUUUCUGCUCCUCUUCAGAGUUUCCACCGGAGACAACUGGAACGGCAUAAUGAAGGACACGUUAAGAGACUGCGCCCAAGAAACCAACACAUGCUACAACACUGUUGUCUCUCCCCUCUACUUCGUCUCCUUCGUCUUGACCGCUCAGUUCGUCCUGGUCAACGUUGUCAUUGCCGUCCUGAUGAAGCACCUGGAGGAGAGCAACAAGGAGGCUAAGGAGGAGGCGGAGCUGGAGGCCGAGUUGGAGCUGGAGAUGCAGAAUGACGGGGGAGACAUGGCAACGAGGUCGCCCCAGCUCAACCCUCUGGCGCUGGGCAUGGACAGGUCAAGUUCUGGGGGUUCCCCCUGGAGGUCCACCGGAGGAGGGGACAGGGAGCAGGAAAGGGACGGUCCUAUGGACUCACCCACUGCUGAUAUAACCAGAGACUCUGUAAACAUCAGAGCAGACCCCCCUUCAUGCCUGGAUCCACCAUUGGAGUUUGUCCAGCGGAGAGCGAUGUUUGACUCAGUCUCCCUGGUCAUCCAGGGCUCGAUGGAGGGGGAGUUGAGUUUGAUGGACAACCUGUCCGGCUCUAUCUGCCACUACUACGCGCUGCCCCCCAGGCCCAGAAAGCACAGCACAGACAAGAAGAUCCCUCUAGCGGAGAUGGAAGCUCUGUCUCUGGCCUCUGAGAAAUCCUGGUCCCUAGCUCUGACAGAAGACUCGGUCCCCGACGAUUUUAACCCCCUCUUUCUAACCAGUCAGGAAUGCAAUCCGGAGCAGCAUGAUCCCAGGGAGCCACUGGAGGAAAACCUGCUGAGUGUCAGGAAGCCUGCGGUGGGACGCACACACUCCCUGCCCAAUGACAGCUACAUGUUCCCUCCUCUGCAAUCAGCCACAGCCCCAGCACAGCUUCUAGCACAGACACAGGGGCCGCAGCACAUAUUGGGCACCCACAGGGCCCAAUCAGGCUCCAGCAGCUCGGUGCGUUCUCAACCGGAGGAGUUUUCCCAGCAGCUGACAGUCCCCACAGACCUCUUCAAACCCAUCAGCCCCCACAGCCACUCGGACUCGGAGAGUAUACCACGACUUCCCCCUCCCAGACGCAGACAUACACUGAGCCGCACGCUCCGCAGACAGGUUGCAGUGUCUACUGAUUCUCAAGAGGCCCUGUGUUCAGAUGGUGGGGAGAGCAGUGAAGGACUUGUGAAUGUGGCCUCUCUAGGCCUCCCUCCGUCCCCCUCCUCCUCCUCUUCCUCCAGCAACUCUCCCUCACCCUGCUCCCAUCAUCAUCAGCAGCCUGCUCUCUGCCUGGUCCCCGCCACACCGGGCGCCUCCCCUACUCCCUCGCGGCCCAGCAGCGUGCACACCCAGCACUGCCUCGUCUCCUACUCACCUUCCUCGCCUCCUCCGCUCUUACCAGUCACGUCGCACCACCAGGAGGAGGCCUCGGCGGAUCAGGAAGUAUCCCUCAUUACCCGCGCAGGGUUGGCUGGCAGCAACGACAUGACAAUGACGAUGGGGGACGACAGCUGCGACGGCGGAAACGAGGGUUACAGCAUCUACGCAGGCUGCCAGGAAAGCCGGAGUCCAUGUUUGAGGCAGCUGAAGAGGUUCCACAGCGCCGACACGCAGAGCCACAGCACCCUCCUGCCCCGCCCGCGCCCUUACUCCUGGUUGGACGACCCGCGGCGCCACUCUGUGGAGGUGUGCUCCUCAGUGGAGUCCAGCCCCCAGCGGAGCACCACCUCCACCUCUUCCGGUUUCGUGUCGCGGGCCGACAGCCUGCAGAUCCACAGCCAGACCUCCACUCAGACCUCGCUGCCCUCACCCCGACGCAAGAAGAAGAUGAGUCCACCCUGCAUUUCUGUGGACCCUCCCGACGGACCGGAGCCCCAGUCUGGCCUCUACCCCGGACUCGGGGGCAUGGGGCUAGGGGGGUUAGGUAUGCCACCUCCUCUACCAAGCCGGGACACCUGCCUGAGGAGGAGGGCGCCCUCCAGUGACUCCAAGGACUCCUUUGACCUGGGUGUUGGCGAAGGUUCAGGACAGGACGGCGGCUCGCCAAACCCCAACACCAACCCCAAGCUACUGACUCUUCCCAGUUUCUCCUUUGAGAAGACAAGCUCUGAGCACUGAACACUGAUACUCAAACACACAGAUACACACACGCACACAGCUGGACAAACAACAAGCCUCUACACACACAAACACACGAUGCACUCGGUGUAUCUGUGAUGGUGAUAGUUCUAGUAAUAAUGCUGUAGAGAGUAAUAAUGGUAAAACUACAACAAACAGUAAAACCAUCCUUGGUUUCAUAAGGAGUGCAGUACUGUAGUAGUGUGACCACCCCUUGUCUUUGUAUUGUUACUGCCAAAACAACAAGAGAAGAGACCAAACAACAACACAAACAUGACUGUCUCUCUUCUGCUAUGCCUGCAUGCCACUGGCUGCAGCUUGACCCCAUCAUCCGUGGUGUGACAUCAGCAACUGGGAUUUUGGCGCCACCCGCUGUCGCCACUUGAACUGCCUGGUGUCACACAGGGUUGACUUUGCCCGGUCAGUGGAAGA